CAUUCCUUGAAAGUCGGCGGGCGAAGGUGGGCGCGCUGCGAAAAAUCAAACGGCAAAACGGCAAAACGGCAGAAAGGCAAAAACGACCCGCCUAUCGAGCAAACUUGUUUAAAGUGCCAUAAAAAAAAGCCACAAAAAAAGAGGAGAAAUAAAACAAAAAGAAAAACUGCUGUGCAGAGCAGACGCGACUGGCGCCGGUGCCCCAAUAAAGUUUUCGGCGAGUCCACAAUAAAUAAGUAAUACAACUUAAAGUGCAAGUGCAGUGCUGGAAUAGCGCUCUGAAUUAAGUCACCUUUUGGUUGUACAAAAUGCCGUAACAUUAGUCAGCAACCCAAAAGUCAACGCCAUCCAGAGUAUAUCACACUGAAGGUGGUUUCGAAAAGGAUUCCAGACAUGAAUUGGGCUAUCUACUUUUUGUUGGCCUUGAUAUCGCUGGGCAGAGCAACACCGGUGCCCAAUCGCCAGUAUAGCUGCAUGAGCUACCAGGAGGACGACAACUCAUUCCAUGAUGAUGACGGCGAUCAGGACUCCAGUGGCGAAGUGCAGGAACAGCAGGUGGAGUCCACUCCGAUUCCCAGUGAGCCACAUAGACGCACCUGUCCCGACGGCUACACUUUCUGCUUCACCAUCUGGAACCAGACGGCCCAUGGAGCUCGCGUUGUUAAGCAGGGUUGCUGGAAGGACAACACGGAUCGCACUUCCAUUUGCAGCCAGUCGGAAUGCACCAGCUCGGCACCCACUUCGAAGACCAGUUCUCUGUACUACUGUUGCUGCUCGGGAGGAUUGUGCAAUGCCCAGUAUGCCGUGGUAGAGCCAGCACCUCUGGAACUGGGCUCCAAUGAGGGAAGGACGGCGAUCACAAAUAGGGCCACAGAAAAGCAGCACCAGUCCUUUUUGGCCAGUACAAUGCUGGGCCUUGCUGGUGGACUCACCGCACUCACCAUUGGCAUCAUCCUGGCUGUUCAAUACUGCCGUGGGGCCAAGGAGAAGCCGGAACCGGAGGAGUCGCCUCUGGCGCCAUCGGGUCCCGGCUACAGUUCCAAUCUCCGGAACGUGGACAAUAUGAACUUGAUCGGUAUGCUCGGUAGCGGCAAGUAUGGAACUGUGAUGAAGGGGCUGCUCCACGAUCAGGAGGUGGCGGUUAAGAUAUAUCCCGAGGAGCAUCAUCAGUACUAUGUGAACGAGAGGAACAUCUACGCCUUGCCCUUGAUGGAGUGUCCCGCGCUGCUAAGCUAUUUUGGCUACGAUGAACGCUGCACUAUGGACGGUCGGAUGGAGUAUCAACUGGUACUAUCGCUGGCUCCCCUCGGUUGCCUCCAGGAUUGGUUGAUAGCCAACACCCUGACCUUCAGCGAAUGCUGUGGAAUGCUGCGAUCCAUCACGCGAGGAAUCUCGCACCUGCACACGGAACUCCGUCUGGGGGAUCAGCACAAGCCCUGUGUGGCUCAUCGGGAUAUCAACACGAGGAACGUGUUGGUCCAAGCAGAUCUCAGCUGUUGCAUUGCGGAUUUCGGCUUUGCACUCAAGGUGUUUGGCUCCAAGUACGAGUACAAGGGCGAGGUGGCCAUGGCGGAAACGAAGAGCAUCAAUGAAGUGGGCACCCUGCGCUACAUGGCCCCAGAAUUACUGGAAGGAGCUGUGAAUCUGCGGGACUGUGAAACCUCGCUAAAGCAAAUGGAUGUCUAUGCCCUGGGUCUGGUGCUGUGGGAAGUGGCCACCCGUUGCGCGGAUUUCUAUGCACCUGGACAAGCAACACCUCCUUAUAAAGCUCCCUAUGAGCAGGAGGUGGGCUCCCAUCCCAGCUUCGAUCAAAUGCAGGCGUUGGUGGUGCGGCACAAGGCGCGUCCCCUAUUUCCCACUGGAUGGGGUGGAGGAGCAGCAGCCAAAGUGGUGCGAGAUACUUGCGAGGACUGUUGGGAUCAUGAUGCGGAUGCUAGGCUGACCUCCUUGUGUGCCGAGGAGCGCAUGCAAGAGAUGUCGACUUUGAGGCCACGAGCACAAGCUCAACCUGCCAGUCCACUGCUGAAUACGAACAAUCUGGUGGCCAGUCCAACUGCGGAACAGGGAAUAAAUACUAUAACCACGACGACAACGGCGGCUGCAGUGCACCAUCAGAUGAGCUCGGACACCACGGGACUUAUACAGCCACCUCCCAAUCAGCAGUUACCUCUAGCUGCCUUGGAACGGGAGAAGAAUCACCUGAGCUACCCGCAACAGCAAUUGCAACCGUAUCAGGGCAGGAAUCCCUGCCAGGAACGCAAUCUGGCACCUCUGACAAUGCGAACUCCUCCGGUUCUCGUGGAGCGGAGCAAGAAGCACAGUUUCCAGACACAGCCGCAGGAGAACUCACUGUCCUGCUUGGAGCAUGAUGUGAGUGUGGAGGAGCUGAUAGCCAGUCAUCAUCAUCAGCAGCAGAAGAACACGAUUGUCAGCGCAGGUGGCAAUGCCAAUUCCUGUUUGGGUCAGGGAUUUCCCAAGCAGCAAAACACGGAUCAAAAACUGGGGGGAUGGCAUGGAGUAAGAGCCCUGAUCCACAAGAAGCUUUUCCGCAAGGAGCACGCCGAGGAGUUGUGCCGCCAGUUGCAGUUGGGCGAGGAGAAGUCCAAUCUGGUGACGGCUCUACGUCGACCGAACAACCUGGAUCUAAGUCCUCGCCUCGAUAAGCCUCCGCCGGUUCAACUGAGGAGUGCAGAGCAACGGUCGGGAACACCGGCCCACAUUGUACCACGCUCGCUGUCCAGCAGCCUGAUCAAGCACAUCAACGGAAGCACCAACAAUAACUCCAUCCAGAGUCAUGGUAGCGAACUGCAGACCCUCACCCGUCCCGCAACGAAGCGAAGACCAGGUCACCUGCGCACCAACUCCCUGAUGGCCACCACUGGCCAGGGUCCUGCGACGGAGCAGCAGAUGCGUCGUCAGCACAGUCUGGAGGUAUUCCGUGAGGUAUUCAGCGGUCGGGGGAGCAGCGAGCGGUUGAGGGAUCCCAGCGAGCGGGUCAAGACCCCUGGAGAUGUGCCACCAUCCGUGCGGAAAGCCAGGGCCAGCAAGACACUAAGUUUGUACGACGAUCGGAUGAUGGACUCUUCGCUGCUGAACAUCCUCUAGCAUGAGGAGGUUCUGCUGCUGGAACUAUAAACUGAUCGAAUGCAGCAGAACAUCAAUCCACACCCAUAUCUCAUCCUUCAUCGAACACAUAUUCAACGAAAGCCAUAGAGCAGAAGACUUGAAUCGCUUCCUGGAAAAGUCUUCUCACAAAUCAGAAGGAUUACGGAACUUUGGUUUUCUACUCAAAAUUCUCUUCGAUUUCAAAUCAGUAAAAUUACAUUAUUAUUUAUCAGGAAACAUGCAUAAGUAUUGUCACUGACAUCACACAUCAUUAUUUCUAAAUUCGGUUUGAUUGAUGAUGAUUGAAAUCGAAAGAAUUUUGUGAAAUUGAAAACACAAAACAGGUCCUAGAAACAAUUAUUUUUCGAGCAUAGUAGAAAGACAGUAUGUGUAUAUCUGAAUGUAUUUUUUCACCAAUCAUCCUAGCGUGUAGUGCGGCAAACAACCAAAGUCCUUAUAGGUUAGAUCAGACUAGAAUCGUACGAGUAUCAGUAUAUAGCAGCAUAUAGCCUACAUACCACAACUCACAUAUAUUUUUGACUUGAUCUUGGACGAGAGCGAAACAGGUAGUAGUCUAUAUAGUUUGUAUAUGUGCGAUUUUCACUCGAGUUGAGCUUAAGGCAAGAAGGGAGUACUGAAAGUAGGGGAUUGGACGGACCACUUUUAAAGAGCCAUAUAUAGAAACGAACUGCAUUACGAGUAUAUAUUUAAACUAAACAUUGUACUGGAAUAUGUAUUUAGUCAAGCAUAAUUACACACUAAAGCCCCGGAAAUGGGUUGUCAAGCCGAAAACAUAUAUACAAAAAGGAAAAAGCACAAAAUACUCGAGGAAAAUAUGUAUCUGGUUAACAAAA